AUGCGUUUCGCUACUCUGUCCAUGAUCCCUCUGGCCGGCCUCGCCGUUGCCCUGCAGGUCACCCAGCCCCAGAAGGGUGAGGAGUUCAAGACCUCCGACUCGAUCACUGUCAAGUGGUCUUCCGUCAACACUGACGUGAGCUCCUUCAACAUCUACCUUGUUGACAACACCGUCUACCCCCCCGUCAACAAGGAGAUUGCCAAGAAUGUCAAGACCUCGGACAACACCUACACCAUCAAGGACCUGUCCGGCCUGACCGCUGGCCACGGCUACCAGGUCAACCUUGAGUCUGACUCGACCCAGAACACUGGUAUCCUCGCCCAGUCUCAGCAGUUCAACGUGACCAGCUCUGCCCAGAGCUCCUCUUCCUCUUCGUCCUCUUCUGCCUCUUCUGCCUCUUCCACCUCCGCUUCCGCUUCCACCGACUCCUCCUCCACUGCCACCAGCACCCAGUACUCCAUGACCACCGGCACCACCACCGGUACCUUCACCACCACCUCUGGCACCCAGACCCUGACCGGUACCACCACCGGUACCUUCACCAGCUCCGUUGCCACCGGCACCACCACCAACACCAAGGCCGCCGGCAGUGGUUCCUCCACUUCCGGUGCCAACGCCAGCGGCACCUCCGGCACUGCCGUCCCCACCGGUAACGCCGCCGCUGCUGUCCGCCCCGUUGCCGCCCUCGGCCUCGUUGCUGGUGCCCUCGCUUUCGCUCUGUAA